AUGGCGAAAACGUUCAGCUUGGCGUCGGACAAGCAAUUCAUCCACACCGCCACCAAAGACGAGAAGACCAGCGCCGGCAAAAUCGUGGCCCUCUACGUCUCCGAGUACAAGGGCGACCCAAACGGGUUCGACAUCACCCGAGCCGGCGACGACGGCUGGGUCGGCCAGUUGGCCCGGGUGAGCAACGACCCGGACCAGCUGCGCCAGGGCCUGGCCACCCACGAGGCGCUCGAGAUGCUUUGGGCGAAACCGUUCACGAUCGCCGCGUCGCAAAACUGGAGCUGGACUUGCGGCAGCUGGACUUGGAUGUGGGCCUGUCGUGGAGUGAAGAGGCCCAGAAGUAUCGGUUCCGUCGCUGGUAGAGGAGGACGGCCCAGGGGACGCGAGAGUGGGUCCUGGUGUCCUGGGCUCGGAAGUGGACCCAGAAUCCGCAGCAGCAGCCGGCCCAUUAGGCGAAGCAGACUCAGGCGGCCCAGAAUCCACAGUCGCAGGAGGCCUGUUAGGCGAGUUAGGCUCGGGCGAUCCAGGAGGGACUUCAGCGUCACCAUGGAGAGGAGAAUCAGAAGCAGUGUCAUCAUGAGGACGCCUGCAUGGGCCGCAUGGCCUGUCCUGGGCUCGCCAGUCUUCUGGCCCAAUAGCCAGGGGCUCUGUCUGGUCAACGUCGGCGGGGCGACGGUGAAGAAGGUGAGGGUGAAUGAUUACUUUGGGUGGUCGAAGUACGGGGUCAAACCGGCGGCGGGGGAGUGGAAGAGGGUCGACAUGGCCAAUGGGCAGGAGACAGGUGGCGGAGACGACGGGUGGAAGUGGCCGUGGCCGUGGCAGUGA